AUGAUUACUAAAAAAGUCUUAGGAUAUUGGCAAAAUAAAACCGAUUAUUUUAAAAAAGUUAAAAGAGAUUUAAGACAAAAAAAGGACAGAUUUAGAAAAAAAGUUAUUUAUGAUAAUGAUUCAACUGACAAUUCUAGUGGAACUGGAAAAAAAACAUCUGAAUCAUAAUCAAUAGAAAUUAAUUAACCAAUCAGUCUUUAUGAUUUGCCUCCGAUUUGGGUAGAAGUACAUCAUAAUACAAAUAAGCUAAUAUAAGAAAUAAUUGAAAUAAAAAGAUAAAUUACUGAAUUAAGCAAUAAAAGAAUUAGAAAAUAAUUUAAUGAUAAUAAUAAUUUAGAUUAAUAAAUAAAUGAUUUAGCAACAAAAGCUGCAAAAAAAUUAAGAGAAUGUGAAUAAAAUUUAAAAUAAAUUGAUUUAUUGGCAGCUUCUUAAAAAGAAGAAGAAAAUGAAUAAAAAAUAAGGGAAAAUGUUAAGCGUUCUUUAGCAUAUUAAAUAUAAGAAUUAACUGUUGAUUUAAGAAGAUAAUAAAAAGCAUUAUAUGAUACAUUGAAAAAAUAUGAUAAUGUGGGUUAAGUAGGAUAAAAAUAUCAAUAAAAUUAAGCUUCUCUAUAAUUAGAAAAUAGUAUGUAAUAAGAUCUUCUUGAUAUGUAUGAAAAUAUUGCUAAAGAAAGAGAUGAGGAAAUUAACAAACUAAUUGAUACAAUUAAUGAGCUUUCGAGUAUAUUUUAAUAGUUAGGAAAUUUAAUUAUUGAUUAAGGAACUGUUCUAGAUAGAAUAGAUUUUAAUGUAUAGGAUACUAAAAAAAAUACAUAAUAAGCUACAAAACAUUUAAGAAAAGUUGUGGAAUAUUAAGAAAGUCCUUUAGCGAAAAAAUGCAUAUAAUUGUUAAUUAUUUCCAUUAUUAUAUUUACUUUUAUUUUAGCUUUAAGGUAUAAAAGUUGAAAUGU